AUGCUCUCCCUCUUAAUGAAAGCUGCGGCCUUCUUCUGGAGGAAAGCUGAUGAUGAUUUGGAGCAGGAUAAAUAUGAAACUGCAGAUUGUACAGAGUAUAAAAAUGUACUUGGAGCUACUGUGACCAGGUUUUGUGGUAAAUAUGGUUUAGUUGAUGACUCCAUCUACUUCACUUCUAAUGAUGUGCUGGGAGGUAUGCCUUUGCAAGUUGGCCAGAGGGUGAACAUAGUAGCCCAAAAGAAUGAGACUUCGGGAGGUUGGAAAGCAGUCAAGGUGGAACCUGUAACUAGUCAGUGGGAUGACGGUACUUGUGGUAUGUGCUCAAAUCCUCCAGCAGAAAGAGAGACUCUCAAUCUGAUGGGCAUUGUAACUUCAUGCACCAAGGAUGGUGGCUACAUUAAUGAAACUACUUAUUUCUCCAUGGCGGAUGUAUGUGAAGGUUUCCAGCCCUAUAAAGGUGACUGGGUACAGGCACAAUAUUCUAUUGAACAAACAACUUGGAAAAGUCAAGCCUACGGUGUGAAGCCCCUUAGGUAUAAAAGAGUAGAUAAAGUACCAAUAACCAGAAUUCUUCAUCGCAGUGGUGUAGUGGAUGACGUUGUAUUUUUCACACUUGAUUCUCUCCAGCUACCACGCUAUUAUGUACCCAAAAAGGAUGAUUUGGUCAAUCUUGUGAUUAUUGAAAGUAAUCAGUCUUUAUAUCAAUGGAGAGCUUUAUGCAUCGCACCUGCAGAGAAAGAAAGUUUAUCAGUUCCUUCAGUGACAAACAUGGAGUUUGAACAAAUUAACUUGGAGUUCUCUAACAAAGAAGGAUUGGAAGUUGCCAGGGAGAUCAACUUUGGUACCAUCAAGCAAGGAGAGAAGAAAGACUUGAUGGUGUGGAUUGAGAACAAAGGGAAAGAGAUCUAUAGCCUUCUGAACUACAAGCUGGCAGGGUGGGAGAGAGGAAAUCAGUUCUUUCUGGCAUCACCACAUUUAGUUACCAUCUCUGAAAAUAAAGCCAUACAACAACAGAGUCCCAUUAAAUUUGAACCUAACUGUAGAAUGACUCAAUCCCAGUCAUUACAUAUGGUCCUCGGUUGUUCUCUUCCCAAGGCAUUGGGUCAGCCAGAUUCUAAGUACCCCUACGUGACACUCGAUCACACUAAUGUACCUACACCUUGUGAGAUAACCUCACAUCAACCAGAUGUUUCACACAGUCCACAAAGCACUCGAGAGAAAUUGCUAAGCAACCUGCCAUCAGUCUCUUCAAGUUCAGCAAAUCAGCUAAAUUGUCUGCAAACUUGUGAUGAUGCGGAUGGAAAAUGUGAAAAAGUGAAACAGGAACUCAGUACAAAUGCAGAAAUUGGUGAAACAGUACUGCAAAUACUACCUGGUGGAAAAGCCUACAUUAACGUAGUGUGUGAAGCAAAAAAUCCUGGUCGUUGUAAAGAUCUUCUCUUACUUUAUUUUAAUGAUUUUGUGAUGGGAUGUUAUGUUGAGGUGGAUGUGAAGAGUGAUGAGGAGUCUCUCCUUGAGCCGAGAUCCCGAUAUCAUCCCAUGCAACCCAAAUCCCUUCAAACAGAUCAAAAGGAAACCAACUUCAUGGUUGUGAGCGUGAAAAAUCCUGCAAGACUGGCCAGAAGACACAUACCUAGCUUUCUUCCACAGUAUGCUAUACCUGAGAGAUUGAAGGAGUGCAUUGAAAAAGGUGCGGAUGUCCUGACUAUUCAGCCAAAUUUGUCAGAGGCUCUGAGCAUGGCAAAAUAUAAAGACCAUUUUUCAACUCUUCUCUGGCUGGAAGAGAUCAAAGCUGAGAUGGAGAUAAGGGAAUUUAACAUGAUCGCAGUAGCUUUGAAAAAGCAAGGAGACUUCCUAAUUCUGGAGGUGCCAGGGUUGGUAGAAGGCCGCCCAUCUGUAUCUAUUGGUGACCGAAUAAUAUUAAAGAAUUCUUGUUAUACAGAAGCUGAAGUGCGAUAUUCUGGCUUUGUAUCUGAGGUGUAUGAAGAUGAGCUCAUGCUGAAGAUUAAUUCUUCAUUUCACCAGUCCUAUGGAGGGGAACCUGUGGAUGUGGAGUUUACGUAUAACAGAAUCUCAACCAGGAGAUGUCAGUUUGCUGUGGAACAAGCUUUUCAUCUUGGUGAAGCAGUUUUGUUCCCGGAGAAUAUUGUGGCAAAAACUCCACAGACUGUUACUACAUGGGAUGAUAUUGACACGAUUGUGUCAAACAGAAAGAGUUGCUGCAGGUCACAAGACCAGACUAAGACAGAAAAGGAUGUGGAUGCAAAAUUAAGUUGUUCCUGUACAGGUAAGAAGGGCUCCUGCCAUGACAGUGGGAACAAAGUUAUGAAGGAGAGAACAACUGAAAUGAUGCAAGUGUCUGAAGGAUUGUCACUUACUGCACAGGCUGGAAAUGGAGGAAAUCGUGUAGGUGAACGAUCCAGUGGGCAAGAAUUUAACUUUUUCAACUCGCUGCUGAAUGAAUAUCAAAGGUCUGCAGUCAAGAGGAUCCUCCGUGGUGAAUGUAGACCAACACCAUAUAUUCUCUUUGGACCUCCUGGCACUGGAAAAACGGUCACUAUCCUCGAAGCCAUCCUGCAGAUUCACUUUACUUUGCCAGACAGUCGGAUAUUGGCUUCCGCUCCAUCCAACAGUGCUGCUGACCUACUGUGUUUACGUUUACAUGAAAGCAAUUUGCUGAAGAAAGGAGACAUGGUGCGAGUUAAUGCCACAUGCAGACCUGGAGAGUACAUACCCGAAAUUGUACAACUGUACAGCAAAGAUGGAGAAGAUCUCUGGGAUGCAGCACGCUACAGGAUCAUCAUCAGCACAUGUAGUACAGCCGGAUUAUUCUACCAGAUUGGAUUAAGGACUGGACACUUUACUCAUGUUUUUGUUGAUGAAGCUGGUCAAGCUAGUGAACCUGAGUGUCUCAUUCCUCUGCUGCUAGUAUCUGAGGAAGAUGGACAGAUUGUGCUUGCUGGUGACCCAAUGCAGUUGGGGCCAAUAAUAAAGUCUAGAAUUGCUACAGCUUAUGGUCUACCUAUUUCACUUCUGGAACGAUUAAUGACACGGCCUUCGUACUCUAGAGAUGAAACUUUUGGUGCAUUUGGAUCCUACAAUCCUCUCUUGGUGACAAAACUAGUGAACAGUUAUCGGUCACAUUCAUCUUUACUUGACCUGCCCUCUAAACUGUUCUAUCAUCAAGAGCUAAAGAUGUGUUCAGAUCAGUCUGUGGUCAACAAGUUUUGUAACUGGGAAAAAUUGCCCAGGAAAGGCUUUCCAAUAAUUUUUCAUGGAUUGAGGGGAAAUGAAAUGAGGGAAGGUAGCAAUCCAUCAUGGUUCAACCCUAAAGAGGCAGUUCAAGUAAUGCGUUAUUGCUGUCUCCUGGCAAAACACUGCACGAACCCAGUACAGCCUUCUGACAUUGGGGUCAUUACACCUUACCAAAAACAAGUACAAAAAAUCAGAAUUCUUCUCCGAAGUGGUUACCUCUCUGACAUAAAGGUUGGAUCUGUUGAAGAAUUUCAAGGCCAGGAGAAACUAGUCAUAAUUGUGUCAACAGUGCGGUCCAGUGAAGAAAAUCUGUGUGAGGAUACUCGUUAUGUUUUAGGGUUCCUUUCCAACCCCAAAAGAUUUAAUGUGGCCAUCACAAGAGCAAAGGCAUUAUUGAUUGUGGUUGGAAAUCCACAUAUUCUCCUCAAGGAUCCAUGUUGGGGUGCAUUUCUGGAAUACUGUGUUGUAAAUGAUGCAUAUGUUGGUUGCAAUCUCCCACACGAAUUCUUAGUUCAGCAGGGAUCUGAUGCAUCUGUAUCCAGGAAGACCUGCUAAAAUAUUGUUUUGUUUUGGAAGUUGCUUCAUUUUUUAAAAGAGAAAUACCUCUUCAGAGGAAUGUGUUGCCAUCACUUUUUUUGCUGUUUCUAAAGUUUUAAACUGAUCGGUUGAAGCUAAUGGUCCUUUAACCCAUUUCUAGAAGAAUAUUAAAAUUUGAAUUUGGUUAACUCAAAUUAGUUUUACAUCAGAGGUGUGUAUAAAUGAAUAUAUUCAGCAAUGGGUUAAUUGUUCAUGAACUGUCUGCAGCAACAUUGCUCUGGUUGAGGUUUCUAUCAUGGGUACAUCUGAAGACUCAUGCACAUUUUCUUCACAAAGCUGUUUCUUAACUCAAAACUGGGCCACAAGGUGGAGUACUAAUGCAAGUCAGAAUGCUAUAUCUCAUUGCUAAGGGGAAGGAUAGGAGAAAUGUGGGAGUGCAAAAUACACUACAACUGUAUCACCAACUAGUCCUGCAGCUAUAUUGACAGUAGUUAUGAGGAAACCUGCAACUUGCAAACCUUUUUAAUGAAUCAGGUGUGCUCCAUCGACAAUGGAUGGAAAUGCUCAAUACAUGAUUGUUCAUCAUCAAUCUGAUGCGGUGGCUCUUAGCUGAUCUGCUCCCCUU